CAGACGACGAGACCAAGGCCGAGAGAGUGAGAAAUAAGGUCAAUCCGUGCGAAAGCCUCGCGCCUCACGCAUCUCAGUCUCACAUCGUCGCUUUCAGACUGCGUCGGUGUUCCGCAGCUCAGGGCUUGGUGAUCACUUCACUUCGUGUGCUGCGUGAAUCCAGCGAGGCUCAAACUCUGGCUGUACGUUGCUAACCCGUUAGGUAGCUGGUUAGUUGUGCCUGUACUGGCCAGACUCUAGGUCGGAUAGAUAGCGCACUUGCACUGGCAUCUACUAGCACUUGCUGCGCUUCGCUUGAAAAGGAGGCCCGUGGUGGAGCUGUCGUGACUCUACAGCACAAUAUCCUCGGGGUUUGGAGGAAAGUUGGAAAACACCCUAGGGGGAGCAACACGCGCCUUGCAAGGCCUCUGGCGUUAUGGAGACCUGUGGAAGACCAGGAAUAAGCUGUAGGAAAUGGACGUUCUUCAGGCAACCAUUUUCUCAAGGCUUAUCACGCAUAGCUGAGGUUGGCAACCGGCCGGCAAGACUUCAUCUUAUCCCGUUCACACUGUGCACGGCAUUGCUGUGGUGCUAUGCUGAUGCGUCAACAUCCGCUCCCAGUAUAAGCGUCGUCACCAACGGCAACCAAUCCGUCAACACCGUCAAGCUCUGGGACCGAGCGUCCCUAUUCUGCAAGAACUAUCUGAUCGAGUAUGGCUACGAUUUGUCUAGCCUGCCGCCAGAAAGCGGACCUUGCCACGUCAACUGGUAUGACGGCAACAACAAUCUACUCUGUGAAACGCUCAACGGGCGGUGUCACUGCAAUGGUUCGCGUCGGAUUGCAGUCUAUGGCGGCAUCGUGCUGGUGAUCACGCGUGUCACGCAGGCAGCGAGCGGUGUCUAUCGAUGCCAGUAUCCGUCAGCUACACCCGGCGCACACCACAGCAGCUACAUGGAAUUCAGAGUUGCAGUCGAUGCCAAGACCAAGCAUCUAUCACUGUAUGAUAGUGGAUCGGAGACAAUAGUGCUCUCAAGCCAGAGGCAGUCCAGCAGUCACUUGAUCCAGGAGCUGAUAUGCUGGUAUAAUGGCAACCCAUCACCAACUGUGUUCUGGACAAAAGACGGCACCGAGCAAGAUAACCUUGAUCCGGCAGAGCUGGGAGACAGAGCGCAGAACAUUUCCUUCCCCAAUCUGGCAGCAGAGACUCGUGCGGUGGUUUCAAUGCGGCUGAGAUCACGCAAGGAUAUGUCCAAGCUGGAAAUCCGGAUCCGUGACUUCAGUGAGGGUACACUGCAAUCCGCCCGCAGCUUGGCUGGCCUGUACAAGUGUCACAUCACUAAUGAACAGGACUCCAAGGCCAAGACGUUCAGAGUGCUGUGGAAUCUACCAGAAGAAGGCGUUAGCAGCGAGGGAGCAUCCCAGGCACCGCAGGCGUGUGCGUAUGUCGAUGUGGGUGGACUUUGUCACGAAACUGCCGGGCGUUUCAGGCACGAUCCAACCAGCGGCAACAUCAUCGAUUGCCACAACAUGACGGAACAGUGCAGCAAUGGGCGCACAUGCCUGGCGGUGUUCAAGGCAACGGAGGUGGACGGCAUGUGCAAGUACGUGCAGACCAUCGGACGCUGUCACAGUCUGCAGGUGGAGGAGUGCUCUAGAGCGUGCACGGCCAGCCGCACGUCGCAGCACAACUCCACCGUGCAGUGCUGCUGCCACGGGCACAUGUGUAACUACGACGUCCACUUGCCCACCACGUGCCUGCUGAACCGUGAGGUGCAUCACUGCAACCGCACGCCCGGCUAUCUGUGGAACGCAACUUCAUCACAGUGCGAAGAUAUCAACGAGUGUCAGAGAAGAUUCCCGCUUGAGCACAUGUACCUGCAGGUAUGCCCGGACACCAUGCAGUGUAGGAACACGAUUGGAUCAUUUGAAUGCGUGUGUCAGGAAGGCUACACCACUCCUAGCAGCAGUAUCACCAGCGGUGUUGCUAUGCUCAGGAGCAAUGUCCCCAGCGUGGCACCGCCGUGUGUUGACGUGAAUGAGUGUGCACUGGGCCAGCAUGACUGUCAGCCUACGCAGACUUGCAGCAACACACCAGGAGGCUACAUGUGUACUGAUGCACCGGUAGGGUCUGAUCAGUGUGAGGUAGUCAGCUGUGCACCGUGCAACAUGGCAGAAACACUGCGUCCGGCCGAGAGUGAAGCCUAUAACAUCAACAGCACGCACUGCUGCUGGCAGCACGUCUUCAAUUGUCCCCGGCCUGUGUCUGGCGAGAAAGUCGGCUGCUUUGCAGAGUAUGACUGCCACCACCGGCGACUUGCCCUGGGCAAGUGUAUGCAGAUGCAAGGCCACUGGCGUAUGAGCAGAACGUGCGACAUUGACUGCAACCACUACCCCUCCACCUACUGCUCAUGCGAGGGCAAUUUGUGUAAUCAUCACGAACAGCUCACAGUCAAUGGGCUACACGGCAUGUAGUCCUUUAUCCUGCCUACUACUGCUGCUGCUGCCGGUACUCUAGAUGACUCAAGGACAAGACAAGACUAUGCCAUGCCCAUACCUGAUACAUACCUCAGUGUCUGAGGAGCAGGCACAUUCAGCUUCCUCGAUCUCUGCAGUAGUGACAAAGGCACUGCACUGCUCAAGCUUCAAGAGUGCUGAGCACCCAACCCACACUCACAUGCAAGUAAACCUAGUCAUUUCCGUUGAUACAGUACAUUUCAAAUCACAAUUAUCGGAACUUUUUACAUUUGCCAAAUAUGUACUAUUUAAUUAAGGCCUGCCAUGCUUCCAGCAGUGAUUAUGAUUACCAUAGGUAACCUUGCGUCUCCUACAUGUACUAUAUGUACUUCCAACUAGUAGCAGAGCUUUGAUAUAACAUAACAUAGAGUAGGAUACAUAAGAUUAACAGGUAGAUAGUCUCGGUUAUAAGUAGAUAAAUAUCACAUUUCAUGCAUAUUAUUAUAACACUCGGAAUGAUCGCGAAGAGUC